AUUGUUCAAAUAACAGCAUAUUGAGGCUUUAGCCGGCAACAAAACAAAUCAUUGAAGAGUUCUUUGUCUGCAAGGAGAGUUCCUUAUUGACAAGAAGGGUCGAGUUCGUCGUCGCUAUCUCAUUUCCCAUCUUCUAAGCAUCAUGACUUCAAAGCCAACGCCAGUUCCACAAAUGGAGCCUGCAGCAAGCAGGGACGGACCAAACCCGAGCACCACAGUACCCUCGACAACGAAGUCAGACACUCCCAAUACAGAGCCAAGCCAAACGAACAACAAUGUUGAUUCCGCGCCCGAAAAUUAUUUCGCAACUUGGUACUUGAUCAACCUGGCAGCACUAGCAACAAUUGGCAGCCUCUCAGUGAGACCACCUUCCACCACCGGCACCGAAGAAGGCAAAGUCCUCCUCGCCGUCUUCGUCACGAUCUUGUUCUUCGCCUCCGGGUUCGGCACGAUUAUCACGGCGUACGAUGUCUGGCCGCGCACGGGUCACCAGCGUUUCCUCAGCAGUCUCCUGGGCGUCACUCCCGCGCUCAUUUACGGGAUCACGGCCCCGAGCUGGACUGUGGGCGUUGGGCAGACUCUGGGGCGGGAAUUCUGCCUGCUGAGCGGCUUUCACGUCGGGUUCUGGAUUGAGGGUGUGACUGGGUUCAUGGGGCUGGUUCUCAGGGCCCUCAAGAACUCGAGGGAGGAGCCACUGCCGAGGAAGAUUAUUACCGCUGGCGGGAAUGCCGCCAAGGCUCGGCCUUCUUCUUCAUCGAGCGCGGCUCAAAAUUAGCCAUUACAGUUAAUCCGCAUAUUAUACUGACAUGAGGCUAUCUCCUGUAUACCGCGCCUCGGAACAGGACGUCCUAUAUCUUAUUUUCCCCGCAACCCUUCCGGCGAGCACUAUACAUACCAAUAGGCCUUACUAUUCGUAAAUCACUGUCCACCAAAUUCACACCACUUGAUCAUCGAUGACCAUACCGCCGCCAACCUGCCAAACUUCGAAACCUAGUCAAAAGUAUUGCGCUGUGCCUUGACCCUUACUGUC